UUUUACCAUUCUCCAUUAUCUGUCAAAAAUUGUUUGUUGAUCAUGGCGCACAAGACAAAAUUGCAUUUAUCUAUAUUUCUUUUGUUAAUCGUUACAUUUUGUGAGCAAGAUCAUGUCCAUGGAGAACCAAAAGUGCCUUGUUAUUUCAUCUUUGGAGAUUCACUAGUGGAUAGUGGCAAUAAUAACAACCUUGAAACUAUAGCUAAAGUCAAUUAUCCUCCAUAUGGGAUUGACUUCCCAGGUGGUCCAACAGGAAGGUUUACCAAUGGUCGAACUAUAGCUGAUAUAAUGGGAUUCAAGCUAAGCGCACAGUUUCUCCUUACAGGUGAACUUCUUGGCUUUGACGAUUUCAUUCCAUCCUUUCUGACUGUCAAUAGCUCUGAAAUUCUCAGAGGAGUAAAUUACGCAUCUGGUUCCGCAGGAAUCAGACAAGAAACCGGGAAGCAAUUGGGUGUUAACCUUGAAUUAAGCAAACAGUUGGAAAAUCAUCAGACUAUUGUCUCACGCAUAGUUGAUAUGUUAGGGAGCAAGUCCGCAGCCAACCACCUAAACAAGUGCUUUUAUUGGUCCGUAAUCGGCAGUAACGAUUAUCUAAACAACUAUUUCAUGCCACAAUACUACAAUACAAGCAGUCAAUACACUCCAGACAAAUAUGCAGAAGCACUUAUUAAACAAUAUUCUCAACAAAUUAUGACAUUGUACAAUUCUGGAGCAAGGAAAGUGGCGCUGAAUGGAAUCGGACCUAUCGGCUGCGCACCACAUUCUACUGCUAACUAGGACACAAAAGGCUCAUUAUGCGUUGACUACAUGAAUGAUGCAGUAAAUUACUUUAACAGCC